AUGGCUAAACCAGUCGAUCCAAAUAAAGAAGAUCAAUAUGCAACAACUAUAUUAAAUCGUAAUGCACGUCCAAUUCGUUUAAUUAUUGAUAAUGGUAUUAAUGAUGAUAAUAAUGUUGUUACAUUAUCACAACAAAAAGUGGAUGAAUUACAAUUAUUUUUUGGUGAUAGAGUUUUACUUAAAGGUGAAAAACGUCGAGAAACACUUUGUGAGAUUGACAUUAGUGCUUCAUGUCCAACUAAUUAUAUUCAAAUGAAUUAUGUUGUACGAAAUAAUUUACGUGUACGUUUAGGUGAUAUUGUUUCAAUUGAAGGCUGUCAAGAUGUUAAAGAUGCUGUACGUAUACAUGUUUUACCUGUUGAUGAUACUGUACAAGGAAUAACAGACAAUUUAUUCGACGUUUAUUUAAAACCAUAUUUUUUUGAUAAUCCUUUUCGACCAGUACAUAAAGGUGAUGUUUUUAUUGUACGUGCAGCUAUGCAUGCUGUAGAAUUUAAAGUCAUUGAAAGUGAACCAAGUCCUUACUGUAUUGUUACACCAGAUACAGAUAUACAUUGUGGAGAUAAUCCAAUUAAACGUGAAGAAGAAGAAAUAUCUUUAAAUAAAAUUGGUAAAACUUUAAUUGCACGUGCCAUAGCUAAUGAAACUGGUGCAUCUUUCUUGUUAAUUCAUGGACCGGAAAUUAUGUCUAAAUUACCUGAUGAAUCUGAAUUAUAUUUAUGUAAAGCAUUUGAAAAAGCUAAAAAGAAUGCUCCAGCUAUUAUUUUCAUCGAUAAACUUGAUGUAAUUGCACCAAAGCGUGAAAAAAGUCAUGGUGAAAUUGAACAUCCUAUUGUUUUACAAUUAUUAACAUUAAUGGAUGAUCUUCAACAAUAUUCACAUGUGAUUGUUAUGGCGACAACAAAUCGACCAAAUUCAGUUAAUCCAGCACUUCGUCGUUUUCAUCUAGAAAUUGAUAUUGGUAUUCCUAAUGCUGCUGACCGUGAAGAAAUUCUUCGUAUACAUACAAAAAAUAUGAAGUUAGGUGAUGAUGUUAAUCUUGCAAAAAUUGCUAAUGAAACACAUGGUUAUGUUGGUGCGGAUUUAGCAUCAUUAUGUUCAAAGGCUGCUUUAAAACAAAUUCGAGAAAAUAUAUAUGUCACGGAUUUACAAGAAGAUACAAUUGAUGCUGGAGCACUCAAUGCAUUAGUUGUUACACGAGAGAAUUUUCGAUUUGCAUUUAGACAAUCAAAUCCAUCAGCUUUACAUGAAAUAGUUGUUGAAGAACCAACAACAACAUGGGAAGAUAUUGGUGGUUUAAAAGAUGUUAAACGUGAAUUACAACAACAUGUUCAAUAUUAUGAUGGACAUCCGAGAAAAUUUCUCAAAUUUGAUACGACGUCAUUACAUGGUGUUCUCUUUUUUGGACCACCUGGUUGUGGUAAAUCAUUAUUAGCAAAAGCUAUGGCUAAUGAAUGUCAAGCAAAUUUUAUUUCGGUAAAAGGUCCUCAUUUAUUAACUAUGUGGUUUGGUGAAUCUGAAGCUAAUGUCUGUGAUGUAUUUGACAAAGCUCGUCAAGCAGCACCAUGCGAACUUUUUUUUGAUGAAUUAGAUGCAAUUGCUAAAUCUCGUGGUGGUAGUGCUGGCGAUGGUAGUGGUGUAACUGAUCGUGUCUUUAAUCAAAUUUUAACUGAAAUGGAUCGUAUAGAUGCAAAGAAGAAUGUUUUUAUUAUUGGUGCCACCAAUCGACUGGAUAUUAUCGAUUCAGCUAUUCUUCGACCAGGUCGUCUUGAUCAAUUAAUUUAUAUUCCAUUAGCCAAUGUUGAAUCACGUAUCGCUAUUUUAAAAGCUGCUUUAAGAAAAUCAGCUGUAGCUAAAGACGUUGAUAUGGGUUAUGUCGCAAGUGUAACCGAAGGUUUUAGUGGUGCCGAUUUAACAAAAAUUUGUCAACGAGCUUUGAUAUUAGCUAUAAAAGAAUCCAUUGAAAAAAAACGACAACUUAUCCAUCCAACAAUAACGACUUCUGGUGAACCACAGCCAGUGGCAGAAAUUCAUCGUGAUCAUUUUGAAGAAGCUCUGAAAUUUGCUCGACGAUCAGGUAGUGAUAAUGAUAGAAAUGUAUGUCAAAAGUUUGCACAUACAGUUGAAUCAAAUGAAAAACCUCCAGCUGCUAAUCCAGUUUUUAAUGAUGAAAUACAUCGAAGAGAGAGUGAUCGAAUGCUUGAUCCAUUGGAAGAUCUUAUUGAAGAAGAAGAACAACAGUAA